AUGGAAACGGCGGAUGAGUUAAUACGACGCCAGUUACCCUCCCUUGUAAAGGCCAAUGGAACCACAACUGAAUCAUCUCGCCCUAGAAACAUUUCGGCUCAGCCCUUUCAUGAAUGGAACACAUUUUUUACCGAAGUUCUUUCUACAUACAAUGAUCUGGAUUUGAGUACGUUGGUUUCCAUAACGGAUGACCAAGAUCUCAGUGAACGCUUCGCUAUCGGAUGCGAACCAGGCCUUACUACAAGAUUCGCGAAACAUGUAUGCGAUGCUGUUUCGAAAGUGAUGUCUGUUGUACCAGGCCUCUCGCAUCUGACCUUCGGGACAUACAAAGCUGCCGUUCCUACCAACUCGAACAAAGUACUAGAUAUCGUGCUUCCGUCGACUCUAAAUUGGCGCAUUGUCUUAGUGGGUGAAUUGAAAACUUAUUGGACUGUCUCUCUUCAAGAUCAUCCUGUCAGCGAUGGACCCGGAGGACUCAUACCCCUGCAACCCCAUCUCGCCCAACUUGUCGAGUAUAUGCAAUUACAUAAACGAAAAUAUGGGUUCCUCUCUACGUAUGAAUGGACGAUUUUCAUUCGUCGCACUGACGAUUUCAGAUUUGAGAUGAGUUUACCGGUUCACGAGAAAUCGACCAACCCAUCUCUACGACAGUGUUUUCUAUCCUUUGUCUCCUGGGCCGCUCAAGAUGGACAGUAUACUGCAGCGAGGGACUUUUCUCUAGAGAAGCUCAACGCACCCACACAGCCCUACUUCCAAGCUUCCACUCGUCCAACUUCAGGGCGGCAUCACAUUGCGACAAGUGGUGACUUCUCUAUUGGGGUGAACACGGUGCUUUUUGGGACGGACGGGAUCGCGAGACACUGGAUCAACUGCAGCCAGUUAAUACGUGGAACCCCUGAGAAAGCAGUUUACGAUGCGGUCUGGGACGGCCAGCCGGCCAUUGUUAAGUGUUAUGCCCCAUCUAGAUUCAUGAGUUACGCGGCGGAGGCCAGUACUUAUGAAAGACUAUCUCAACGGCGUCCAGAUGGUUUCGAAUUCUUUCCAUCUCUUCUUACUCACGGACCGAUAGUAUGUUCCUCGCUAUUCCCCGCAGGAUACAUAUUGGUCAUCAGCAAAGCCCAAGGCAAACCCCUCGACACACAAUGGAGCCAUAUCUCCGACACGGAGAAGUUACACGUGAAAUGGCAGAUGAGAAAGGCGGUUCAAGUACUCAGAAGUGUGGGGUCCGUCUGCGUCGACGCGGGCAAGCAUAACGUUUUGUAUGGCCCAGCCACUGGAUGCGUGACCAUGAUUGAUUUCGAAGUCAUGCAGGCUGUAGAUGGGACAGUAACAGCGGAGGUACCGGAAUUGCUGGCAAUCUUUGGGAAAGAAGCAAUCGGAGGAAGCGGACAGAGAUACGCUGGUGGUUGA